AACAUUUCCGAAAGAGACUCCCAUGUAACCCCAAACCCACCUUUCUCUCCAAGCACACUAAUUUAAUUGACCACUCUAUCCGCUUUGUAUCUCUCAGUUUAUCAAAACUCACCACAGAGUUAGUUUGAAAAGAAAUCCUACCAACACCCCCCAUUUACUUACCUCAGCAUAUCGAACUUCUACUUUGGUCCAUUCUCAUACCUCAAAAACAGAGUCCUCUGUUUUCUCUGUUUUUCCCAUUCUAUAUAUUACUACCCCUAUUUGUGUAUGUCAACCAACUUACGAGGUUAAUGUCUUCCAAUAAGAAAAGCCUUCUUAGAACCGUGUUCACAGCAAACGGAAGCUGUGGUUGCAGCAAAACAAAAUCCUCUGAAGUGCACGAGCCAACACCAAAAUCCAAAACAACACACAUUCACCAAAAGGCUAACAACAACAACAACAACAACAACCACAACCUUAGCAGCAUGGCUUCUUCCACCACUUCCCCUGAGCAAGUUGAUGAAGAGGAGUUCACUUCCACCACAAUCUCCGAAUCCGAGACAUUUCACGAUCACAACAACAACAACGACGACGACAACGUUGUACUCAAACGAAGCCCCCUUGUGAAUAGCGUGGCGAUUGAGAAGGAUUCGUCGAAUCCGUAUCAUGAUUUCAGGCAUUCCAUGCUCCAAAUGAUCUUUGAAAAGGAGAUCGAGUCAGAGGACGAUCUUCAAGACCUUUUGCAAUGCUUUCUUCAGCUGAAUGCGCAGUGUCACCACCACGUCAUUGUUAAGGCCUUCAAUGAGAUCUGCAAAGAAGCAUUUCCUCACAAGGUUAGUACCACUCCUGCCGUCUCUGAACCUUCUCCCUCUCACCGGAGCCCCCUCAUCGUUCAAAAGAGCCGGUGAAUGCAGCCGCAAUACCAUUGUACACAUAAGGUGUGCUGGUACGCCAAAGAAGAUUAAAUCUAAACCCUACAUCUAUAGAUGGAUAAUUUAGAUUAAUAAUCACAUAAUUAUGUACUUAAAAAGUCACACAACUUUGUGAUUUAAUUCCAAUAUUUUAUGAUUUGAUUUAAUUGUCAUGAUUCACUCUUUUCACUUAAAAUUUUAUGGUAAUAUCCAUGCCGGAGCUAUGUUUAUAUUUUCUUCUUUUCAUUGAUUGUGUCUACACAAAGUAUUGUUUCAUGGCAAUGGAUUCUUUGCUAGCUACCUAAGAUAGGCCACACGUGUCUAGCUAGGACAUGUGCAGGCAUUGAAUUCACGCGUGGGAAGAGGAUGCAUGUAAACAUCAUGGUUUAAAGUUGGCUCCUUAUUCAUUCUUUGAUAAGUAAUGCAUGA